AAUAGGUGUUAUAAAUCCAUACGACCUAGCCGUCGCGAUUGUUAGUAGAUCGCGUAUCGUCGCAACUCGAAGAUUGAUCACAGCGCGCGAGUGUGUCAUACAAUGAGGAAUCACGGAAUUCUUCUGGUGGUGCUAGUUUUGGCCCCGGUUUGCUUGGCCACCCCUGGUGUUGGGGAAUUUUUUGAAAAACUAUUUGGUGUUUUCAAACCGGAAGGUAUCGUCGUGACGGAUGCACCGGAGAAUGCGACGGAUUCUGCGUCCAACGAUACGGCAGUUGAGUUUGUGACGGAAACUGUCAUUACGGAGCUUGACAAUGAUACCGAAGUGAUCAGUGCAAAGCUGACAUCGGUGGUGGUGGAAAGUUUGAUCGAGUCCGAGGAGGUUACAUCCGAGGCACCGACGGAUGAGGAUACGAUCAGCAGCUCAACUCCAUCGCCGACUACCACUGUGGUGUACAAGUUGUUCCAUCCUAAUGCGACAACUACGGCUUCUCCAACAACGACAACUGCUCCUACUACAGUAAAUACGUUCAUUACGGAGGCUACGGAAAACACUACGCAUCACCUCACGGAAUCAACCGCGGAGAUUUCAACAAAGACGACUGCUGCUGUGACUACGUCCAUUACUACGGCUACGGAAGACACUACGCAGCUCUUCACAGAAUCUACCGCGGAGACUACAGCAACCAGCACGAUUUCAUCUGCUCCAGAAAGCCACGCAGCUGCGCUAGCUCCGUCUUUGGCAUCAACCGCCAUACUCGACAACGUGCUCUGCAAGACGACCUACAAUGCGGUAGCCAACCUGAAGAUAACUUCCUGCACGAGUUCAACCACACCAAAAACCCACAGGAAGCGUUCCGCCGAUCAUAACGUGGAACCGCUUCUGCUGGCCGAUACCAUCCAGAGCUCCGGCACUCCGGAAGAUAAUUAUCCCUCUAGCAGCGAAAUUGGAGAUGACGAUGGGGAUGUUUUCCCUUGGGACGGCAAUGGCGAGUAUGUGUCGGGGCCAAUUAACACCUAUGGUUGAUCAGCAAUGAGGCGAGGCGAUAAGAGCGGAAGAUUUUCGAGGUUGACUAAGUGAACGUGACACUCAUAGGAGUAGGUUUGUCCCAUGUGGAAUAGACACCAUUUUUUGUAAAUACGCAUCUUCAUAAGUAGCAGUGGUGCUGUAUGUUUAAUUUGGUAGUAAAUACAAUUAAGCUAUUUGAAAAUAAAAAUUUACAUAUGACUCACCGGUUUUACA